GAGUUUUCAAAAAUAAUUGGACGCGACACGUGUGUUUAGUUUAGAAAAUUCCAGUUUUGAAAAUCAAGUGAUUCAGACUGAGAUAAUCCAGCGGUAAGGUCUUUAAAUGGGUGGUGUAGCGUGUUCCAUGCUAUGACGGAUGGAGAUAAACCUGGGUUAGAAAACUAUCUUGCUCAACAAGUUCCGAGAGACAACAAAGGCGUCAUCAUGUCAACUGAAGGAGUGCGUUUGACUGUUCAAUCCGAUUAUGUAACGGUGGAUAAUGGCAUACUUGAAGUCACCUUGUCGAAUCCAGAUGGAAAUAUUACUAAUAUAAAAUACAAUGGUAUUGACAAUCUGCUUGAAGAUGGCAAUGACGAAGAUAACAGAGGGUUUGUGAUGCUAAAGGGUUCCUCAGGCUUCUACUGUUAUGCAAUUUAUGAGUGUUUGGAGGGAUGGCCUGAGUUCAACAUUUAUGAAACAAGAAUCGUUUUCAAAUUGGCAAUAGACAAGUUUCUAUACAUGGCAAUAGCGGACAAUAGACAAAGAGUCAUGCCCCUGCUUGAGGAUCGAGAAGUACCAGAACACAGCGAAAAACUAGCCUAUCCAGAAGCUGUCCGAUUUACCAAUCCCAAUGAUCCCAAUCUCAUAGGAGAGGUGGAUGACAAAUACCAGUACUCGAUGGAGAACAAGGAUAAUCAGGUUCAUGGAUGGAUAUGCACAGAGGACCAACCAACGGGAUUCUGGCAGAUUACACCCAGUAAUGAGUUUAGAACAUGUGGACCAAUCAAACAGGACCUAACUUCUCAUGUGGGCCCCAUUACUCUUGCUAUGUUUGUUAGUACUCAUUAUGCUGGAGAAGAUGUAUAUUUAAAAUUCAGAGAUGGUGAAUCAUGGAAGAAGGUUUUCGGACCUAUAUUUAUCUAUGUUAAUUCUGUACCCCAAGGAGAUGAUGCCACACUUUCAUUAUGGGAGGAUGCGAAAACACAAAUGAUGACAGAAGUCCAAAGCUGGCCAUAUAGUUUCCCAGAAUCUGUGGAAUUCCAAAAGUCUGAGGAACGAGGCAACAUUCUUGGUAGACUACUUGUAUUAGACAGAUAUGUUAAAGAAGACUACAUACCAGCAAAAGAUGCCUGUGUUGGUCUGGCCCCUCCAGGAGAUGCAGGAUCAUGGCAAACAGAAUGCAAGGGCUAUCAAUUCUGGACAACGGCAGACGAGGAUGGAUAUUUUUCUAUUUACAAUGUACGUACUGGUGACUAUAAUCUUUAUGCAUGGGUCCCUGGUUUCAUUGGAGACUAUCUCUAUGAGAAUAUUGUUACCAUAGCAUCAGGAUCUUCGAAUGAGUAUGUGGAUCUUGUUUAUGAGCCUCCAAGAGUUGGGCCCACGUUGUGGGAAAUAGGCAUUCCAGAUCGUUCUGCUGCAGAGUUCUAUGUUCCUGAUCCUGAUCCAAUGUAUAUCAACAGCCUUUAUGUCAAUCAUCCAGACAGAUUUAGGCAGUACGGACUAUGGAGCAGAUAUGCAGAUGCAGACUUGUAUCCCAGUGAGGACUUGGUUUACACAGUUGGUGUUUGCGACUAUACCACAGACUGGUUCUUUGCACAGGUAACCAGGAAAAUAGAUGUUGGUAAUGAGGAUAAUGAUGAUGACACUUACGUUGGAACAACAUGGCAAAUCCGCUUCGAAGAUCAAAAUAUUGACGUGAGCGGUACAUAUACACUACGAGUGGCCAUUGCAUCUGCAACUCUAGCUGAAUUGCAGGUUCGGGUUAAUGAUCCGGAUGCAACGGAGCCACUAUAUUCGAGCGGGUUGAUAGGGAGGGAUAAUGCGGUUGCAAGGCACGGAAUUCGUGGGCUCCACUCGCUGCACAGCAUCAGUAUAGACGGUUCUCUUCUUAUUAAAGGGGUGAACACUAUCUUCCUUACCCAACCAAGAAACGAUGACGAAUUCCGAAGCUUCAUGUAUGAUUAUCUACGGUUUGAAGGCCCUCCAAAUUGGUCUCUCUUUCUCUAGCUUUAUUUCAGCUUUUAAGGAUUCAAUAAUAUGUAGUUAUUAAUGAAUUGAAGUAUUAGGACUCAUCUUUUAUAAUAAAGGUGCUUGUA